AUGUCGGAUCUAUUACAGGGCGUUGCUUUGAUAUCAGGAGCCGGCUCCGGUAUCGGACAGGCAACUAGUCUUGCAUUUGUCCGGCAUGGCAUUACUCAGCUUGCGCUCCUGGACAUCGACCCUGCCGGGAUGGCAGCAACUAGGAAGCUGAUUUUCGAAUUAAACAACCAGGUAGAAGUACUUGAAUUAGAGGCCGACCUCUCCAACGACAAGGCAAUUGUGGAUGCCAUCCAGGCAGUUGUCAACAGAUUUGGGCAGAUCGACAUAGCCGUGAACAACGUUGGCAUCGGCGGUUCCAUGUGUGCCACAUCGGAGAUGAGUGUGGACGACUAUCGCAAAGUUGUCGACAUCGAUCUGGUUGGUCUCUGGGUAGCGCAGAGAGAGGAAAUCAGGCAAAUGCUACGACAAGACCCACGAGGGCCGUGCCCUGAAAUCCGAAGCCGAGGUGUGAUUGUGAAUUUAUCUUCCACGUACGGGCACGUUGCCCCCUCUGCUACGACACCAGUCCCACCCUAUGUCGCGUGCAAGCAUGGGGUAUUGGGCAUGACGAAAGUGGACGCCAAUUCCUACGCAAAGGACGGUAUACGCAUCAAUGCCAUUUGCCCAGGGUUCGUAAAUACCCCAGCCUUGAAGGCGGCCGUUCAGGAAGAAGGUGUCAUGCGGGACGAGUUGAAGAAGGUUCCAAUGGGCCGGUUUGCGGAACCUUCGGAGAUAGCUGAGGCCAUCUCAUUCCUGGUGUCCCCAAUGAGUAGCUAUAUGUCUGGCGCAAGCUUGAUUUGGUUUUACAAGCCAAUGACCUCGAAUAUCAAGUUGAUCGCGGCCCGGGAGCCUGGUUUUGACGACACCUAUGAUGUAGUCGUCGUCGGCUCAGGAGCUGCAGGGCUCACAGCGGCCUUCACAGCAGCUUUCGGUACAAACAAUCGCGUCCUUGUCGCAGAAAAGACCGGCUACUACGGCGGAACAACGGCAUUUUCAGGGGGUGGACUAUGGGUCCCAGGAAACCCCAAGAUGUCAGAGCUAGGGAUCGUUGAUUCUCGCGAACGUAUUCAGACUUACCUACAAGAAAUACUGGGUCCGAGCUAUCAAGAAGACCUAAUUUCGGCCUUUCUGGACUCGGCUCCUACGAUGGUAGCCUGGAUGGAAGAAAAUUCGGCCGUGCGGUUUGUGGGCACCCUGGCCCCGGAUUAUCACAUGGAUCGCAAAGGCUCAGAGUACGGGCGGACCAUCAUGACCAAGUCAUACGACGGCCGGGGGCUCGGGCCACUAAUCAAGCAAGUUCGGUAUCCUCUUCAAGGCAUGUGUGCUUUUGGGUCUAUGCAAACAGAUCUAAGCGAGCUCAACACGUGGAAAAGACCGCUGGCAAACUGGAGAAAUUUCAGCUUCUGUGCCAAAAGCCUCGCGAGGUACGCGUCAGACUUGGUGCGGUACGGAAAAGGCACUGCGUUGUUCAACGGGAAUGCGCUGGUCGGUCGGCUGUUGGAAUCAGUCAAACGAGAAGGAGUCGAUCUAUGGAGCGAUGCUACAGCACUCGAGCCGAUAGGGGGAAAUGGACAAGUUGACGGCCUCGUUAUACAAAAGAACCACACCAACAUCCGCGUGCGAGCCAGGAAAGCUGUGCUGUUAGCAAGCGGGGGAUUCAGCCGCUCGGUCGAGUGGAGCCGCAAGUACCUGCCUAACGCCGACUGGUCAGCUGGUUGUCGUGGAAAUCAAGGAGACGGUCUUCGUAUCGGUAUUGCAUUGGGAGGCAGUCUCCCUCCGCGGAACGAGGACAAUGCUCUGUGGUCUCCGAUCUCUCAACUCAUCCCGAAGAGAGGGCCCGUCCGAAACUUCCCCCAUCUUGCCCUGGAUCGGUCUAAGCCAGGCUGUAUCAUCGUUGAUGGCGAUGGUCAACGGUUCGCGAAUGAGUCGGCCCCAUAUCAGCCAUUUGGGCGCAAUACACAUGCUGCAGGAGUUCGCAAAGAGUAUUUAGUGGGUGACAGGACCUUCCUUCGGCGCUAUGGUAUGGGUAUGGCCCUUCCGGCACCGUACGCCAUUGGCCACUUACUGCGGAAGAAUUAUCUAUUACAGGCCCAAACGGUUCCCGAACUGGCUCAAAGGAUAGGUAUGGCCCCGGCGAAGCUGGCUAGCACGGUUGAUCGAUUUAAUCAAUUUGCACGCGCCGGCAGAGAUGAUGACUUCCAUCGCGGUGAAUCCAUUUAUGACCAAAGCUACGGAGAUCCGCAUGUCAAACCGAAUCCCUGUCUUGCCCCGCUGGAGAAGCCACCAUUCUACGCCCUGCCACUCUAUCCCGGCAACGUGUCGACUCUGUAUGGUCUCAGAACAAAUCACAAUGCUCAAGUGCUCAACUCUGACGGCAAUCCCGUACGUGGUCUGUAUGCGCUGGGCGCGGACCAAAACUCCAUUAUGAAAGGGCUCUACCCUGGGGGUGGGAGUACACUUGGACCGGGAAUGGUUUUCAGUUAUCGAGCCGGUCUCCAUUUGUCAGGUCGGCUUUAG